AUGGCCGAGAGUGGUGAGAGCGGUGGCCCUCCGAGCGCCCAGGACAGCGCCGCCACGGCCGAAGGGACCGGCGCCCCCGCGGCGGCCGCAGCUUCCGCGGAGCCCAAGAUCAUGAAAGUCACCGUGAAGACCCCGAAGGAGAAGGAGGAGUUCGCGGUGCCGGAGGAUAGCUCCGUCCAGCAGUUUAAGGAAGAAAUCUCUAAACGGUUUAAAUCGCAUACUGACCAACUUGUGUUGAUAUUUGCUGGAAAAAUUUUAAAAGAUCAAGAUACACUGAGUCAGCAUGGAAUUCAUGACGGACUUACUGUUCACCUUGUCAUCAAAACGCAAAACAGGCCUCAGGAUCAUUCAGCCCAGCAAACAAAUACUAGUGGAAGCAGUGUUACCACAUCUUCAGCUCCUAAUAGUAACUCUACAUCUGGUUCUGCCCCUAGCAACCCUUUUGGUUUAGGUACCCUUGGAGGACUUGCUGGUCUAAGUAGUUUGGGUUUGAAUUCUACCAACUUCUCUGAACUACAAAACCAGAUGCAGCGGCAACUAAUGUCCAAUCCUGAAAUGAUGGUCCAGAUCAUGGAGAAUCCCUUUGUCCAGAGCAUGCUUUCAAAUCCUGACCUGAUGAGGCAGUUAAUUAUGGCCAAUCCACAAAUGCAGCAGUUGAUACAGAGAAAUCCAGAAAUUAGUCAUAUGCUGAAUAACCCAGAUAUUAUGAGACAAACAUUGGAACUUGCCAGGAAUCCAGCAAUGAUGCAGGAAAUGAUGAGAAACCAGGACCGAGCCUUGAGUAAUCUGGAAAGCAUUCCAGGGGGAUACAAUGCUUUACGGCGCAUGUACACAGAUAUUCAGGAACCAAUGCUGAGUGCUGCACAAGAACAGUUUGGUGGGAAUCCAUUUGCUUCCUUAGUGAGCAAUCCAUCCUCAGGUGAAGGUAGUCAACCUUCCCGUACAGAAAAUAGAGAUCCAUUACCCAAUCCAUGGGCUCCACAGGCUUCUCAGAGUUCAACAGCUACCAGUGGCACCACCAACGCUGUGGGGGGCACUGGUGGUAGUACUGCAAGCAGCACUGCUGGGCAGACUUCUGCACCAAGUUUGGGGCCUGGAGUAGGAGCUAGUAUGUUCAACACACCAGGAAUGCAGAGCUUGUUGCAGCAAAUAACUGAAAACCCACAGCUUAUGCAAAACAUGUUGUCUGCCCCUUACAUGAGAAGCAUGAUGCAGUCACUAAGCCAGAAUCCUGACCUUGCUGCACAGAUGCAGAAUCCUGAUACAUUAUCGGCAAUGUCAAACCCUAGAGCAAUGCAGGCCUUAUUGCAGAUUCAGCAGGGUUUGCAGACAUUAGCAACGGAAGCACCCGGCCUCAUCCCAGGCUUUACUCCUGGCCUGGGGACAUUAGGAAGCACCGGAGGCUCUUCAGGAACCAAUGGCUCUAGCUCUGUCCCUAGUGAAAACCCAAGACCCACGGAAGGAACCACGGAACCUGGACACCAGCAGUUUAUCCAACAGAUGUUGCAGGCUCUUGCUGCAGUAAAUCCUCAGCUACAGAGUCCAGAAGUCAGAUUUCAGCAACAACUGGAACAACUCAGUGCAAUGGGGUUUUUGAACCGUGAAGCAAACUUGCAAGCUCUGAUAGCAACGGGAGGUGAUAUCAAUGCGGCUAUUGAAAGAUUACUGGGCUCCCAGCCAUCAUAG